GACAACAAAUUUGCAGUGCUCUGCCUUCAUAUACCUCUCUAUAAUCAUUCUCUCCAUCUCAUUUAAAUCAAUUCUUUCUGUUGUGGUUUCCUGAGCCUCCCGCAGCCUGCAACAGCUUAUUGAUCCGUCUGUCGCUUUAAAGAACAUCAGGAUAUUUCAGUCAUGGCCGAGAGUCCUGCUUCCCCGAGUCGUGGCACCCUGAGUGCUGAGGGGAUUCUGAGAGAGAUCCAGAUCAACUUGCUGGAGUGUAAAGUCUGCUUCGAGAAGUUCAGCACUCAGCAGAGGGAGCACAGACCACAGAACCUUUCCUGCGGCCAUGUUCUCUGUCUGGAAUGCAUCAGGGCUCUGUCCCACCCUCUCCUGAGGAAGCUGGAGUGUCCGUUCUGUCGACAGCUGUGCAGUGUUGACAGCACCUCCCACUGCCAGGCUCUUAGUGACCUGCAGGAGCUGCUGUUGUUCCGGAGUCCCACUACCUCUGCCCCUCCACACAGGGCAAAGGGAGGCCUUGGCUUGGCUGCAGGUCUGACAUCCACAGCUCUGCACCUGUGCACAGCUUUUGGAGGAUGGGGGACUCUUAUCAACCCUACUGGGAUAGCCAUUUUGGGAUCUUCAGGGACAAUAGUCGUGGUGCAUGAUGGAGAGAAGAGGGUGGCAGUGUUCAGUCCGCAAGGCAGAAAGCUGCACAGUUUUGGGCGAAGAGGACAAGGCAGUGGGGAGAUCUGCUUCCCAAUGGAUGUGGCGGUGACUCCCUGUGGUCACGUGGUGGUGACUGAUGCAGGGGAUAAAGCUGUGAAGGUUUUCACCUCCAGAGGGAACCACGUGUUAACGGUGAAACAUUCCCUCCAGAUGCCCUGGGGUGUGGAUACAGAUAGCUGUGGGCACAUCCUGUUCUCAGACGUCCAGGCCGGCACGCUGUCUCAGGUAAAAGUGGACUAUACUCAGGGUCUCGUUCUAGAGCAUCAAACAGUCAUUUCAGACCUGCAGCAUCCAAAAGCGGUGGACUGCUGUCGGAUGACUGGGAACACUGCAGUGAUGGAGCAUUUACCUGAUGACACAUAUCCACCAGGGAAGCACCGACACACGAGGCUGAGAGUGUUUACAAAAGACUUCCACCUCCUUUAUCAGACGGACAGUUUCAGCCUGAUGCUGCAGUCUACAGUGAGGCUGAACAUGUCAGGCGUGGCCUUCGACAGAGAUGGAGAUGCGAUUGUGAUUGACUCCAAUCAGGGGAUGGUUUGGAGUUUGGGGAAGCUCCAGGAUGGCCCCGCCCUGACCCCACUUGUGGGAGAUGACCUCAUCCGCCCAGUUGGGCUGGUGACACUGAACAACACGCUCAUCGUUCUGGACAGUGGAGACCAUACAGUGAAGAUUUAUUCUGCUAAAUCUGAUGCUGGGCCCAUGAUAUAGCUCGUGUAUGAAUAGUAUCACAGCAGCGUAUGUGAAAUGCAGCUUAUCAUUUGAUGAGGUGACCUAGUAAUGCUAUUUAUAAAUAUAAGUAAAGUAUUAUAUUGAAAAUAUGAAUAUAAUAUAAAAAGUGGUAUAGGCUGCUUUAUUUUUCACAUUAAAAAAUCAAUGUAUAGACAACAUUUUUAGGCAGUCGUGCUAUGAUUAAGAAUUAAAAAAUAUAUAUUGUUACAUAAAACUGAUCUUUUUCUUAUUUUUGCUGUUUAUUUUGGUCAAUACUGGAUAGUAAAUAUUUCUUUUAAUACUCUUUUUGGUUAGUGAGAGGUGUGGGGUGGGGCACUUGGACUCCUGCCUCACUAUAAAAAAACAAAAAAAACUUGGCAACAGCCCUGCUGCUGUAGUACAUAAUAAAGUGUUAAUAUGACUUGUAUAAUGAUAUUAUAAUCUCAUAUUAUUGUUUAUUAAAAAACUAUGGAUACAAUAAUUAAAUGAGUGUGUCAGAGAGAGGGCGAG